AUGAGUGAGAACGCCGCGAGGAAGGAGGAGAUCAAGAAGCUGACGACGGAGCUCGACGGAUUGAGGAGCGACAACGUGGUGACUAACGAGAAGAUCGAAGAAAUGCAGCGAGAGCAUGAUAUGAUAUCGGAGAUGAGUGCGGCGGAGGACGCUAGGGCGGAUGCUACUGAAUUGAGGAAGGUUUUAGGAGAGAAGGAGUCUAGGCGUGACUCUCUGGAGAAGGAAUUGGAAACAUUGAAGAAGCUUGCUAACAUAAUAUGGGGUGAGGCGGAUGAGAGUGACGAUCAUAUUGUACCAUAUCCGGAGAUUAAAACUGACAUUCAUCAAGGAACGCUAGGAAGCAGUUCCAAAUUUGAUACUAUUGAGGGACAAUCUGCCUCAGAAUCUGGCACAAACUCAUGGCCUGACUUGUCUUUAUCCAGUGCAGCUAAAAUUGAUCAGGAUUUCCUGGGAAGCUUUGAUGACCUUGAUCGAAUUUUCAGCAAUGAUGACCCUAUAUUUGGCUAUGUAAGUUUCGAGAAUUCUGAUGCGUUGUGGUCUUCCAAAGACACGAGUAACAGUUCAGUACCCUUACACUUGGAAACACCAAACCAAGCAAAUGCUUUAAGGAACAGAUCUGAACCUUUGGGAAUUGAAGUAGAAUAUAACGCUACCGGAACCACAUUCAAUCUAGGAUAUUCUAUAGACAGAAUUACCCCUGCUGAAAAGGAGCAACAGGAUUUUGGGCAAAAUAAUCAGUUGAAAGCUCAAAAAAAAUCACAUGAUAAAAUUGAUGGAAAAGCAUUACAGGAGUUUUAUGGUAGCUGGUCUCCUUCAUCGAUCACAUCUGGACAAUUUCAGAAUCAGCUGGAGACUCUACUCGAGUUUCGCUUUCCCUUCUCCCCUUUUAACGAGGUGGGCACGUCAGAAUCCUCUGAUUCUCAUCCCAAGUCUGUGACUUUUUUGGCUAUGGAGGAAGACAAGUACGCCAAGGAAUUGGAGGUGGCCGUGAGGGUGGUCCACGUGGCGUGUGCUCUGUGUGGGAGGGUGCAGGAGAGGCUCCUUGAGACCAGCAAUGAUCACGUUGUGUCCAAGGAUGAUGAUUCUCCUGUUACUGUUGCAGACUUUAGUGUUCAAGCAACUAUUAGUUGGUUUCUAUCCGAAAUAUUCGGAGUUCAAAAUGUGUCAAUUGUGGCCGAGGAAGACAUACAAACCAUCUCCAAGGAUGAAUCAGCAGGCUUGCUGGAAGAUGUUGUGAACACUGUGAAUGAGUCUUUAGCUUUUGCAUCCAAGUACGGUCUUCAAAGUCCAGAGACAACUCUAGGAUCAUCUGAAAUUCUUGAGGCCAUUGCCCGUUGCAACUCAACUGGAGGCCCCAGUGGAAGAUAUUGGGUACUUGAUCCUGUUGAUGGCACAUUAGGAUUUGUACGUGGGGAUCAGUAUGCUGUUGCUCUAGCUCUGAUUGAGGAUGGAAAAGUUGUUCUUGGAGUUCUUGGCUGUCCUAACUACCCAGUAAAGACAGAGUGGCUUAAUUAUCAUUACCAGCAUCACCAAACAACGCCACAAUCAUCUCUAACAACUCCUGAUACCGGGGGAAAAGGAUGCGUAUUGUAUGCAAAACGAGGCAGUGGUGAGGCAUGGUUGCAGUCAUUGAUUGAUGGAGAGAAAAUGCUAGAAUGGCCAAACCGUGCUAGACUUAUUCGUGUUUCUUCAAUUGAUGAUCCGGCAUUGGCAACACUCUGUGAGCCGGUGGAACGGGCAAACUCAAACCAUUCAUUCACAGCUGGACUUGCUCAUAGUGUGGGACUUAAAAAGCAGCCUUUGCGAGUGCACAGCAUGGUAAAAUACGCAGCAAUAGCACGUGGCGAUGCAGAGAUAUUCAUGAAAUUCGCAAAGUGCAGCUACAAGGAGAAGAUAUGGGAUCAUGCUGCCGGUGUUGUGAUUGUUGAGGAGGCUGGUGGUGUGGUAACUGACGCUGGAGGACGCCCUCUGGACUUCUCCAAGGGAAUGUACUUAGAAGGUCUUGACAGAGGCAUAAUUGCAUGCUCUGGUGUCACUUUGCAUGAAAAAUUUAUAGGUGCUGUUUAUGCUAGCUGGGACUCCUCAAAUUUAUGA